AUGGAAUCCCUCGUGCCACAGAAGCCUUCGACACCACCUCCGCAUACCAGCAGCAGGAGGGCUCGCAGGCAUGUGGUGACAACCCCCGUUUCAGAGCACUUGCCACAGGAGCCGGGGAGAAAGCGAUCCAGACCCAAUACAUCCGUUCUGGUGUCGAGCCAGGCAUGCAGCAUGCACGGCACGUCCCCAUCUGCACUGCCGGACUUGCAGGGGAAGAGGGUGCGCUUCCAAGAGACCCCCGAGAUCAUUUUGUUUCUCAGUGAUCCGAAGGAGGGCAGGGCCGCGAGUCUUCCGGUCCUGCGACCUCUUGCUCCGAUCACCGAGGAAGCUGAGACGCCUCGGAGAGAGAUACCGUAUGUGGGUGGAACUCCUGUGGCACCAGGGAGACCAAGGCCAAGCCCAAUGCCAGGUCCCCAAGACUCGUGCGAGGGAGGUCUGGCGGCCCUUAGUGCCGAAAGACGAGCCACCAUGUUCCAGAACCUCUUCCCCGAAAGUCCGCAGUGUUGA